GUUUAUGUCUCGUGUGUGUGCAUGUGUGUGUGUGUGUGUGUGAGUGUGUGCGCGCGCGCGCGCGCCACUCAGACUUGUGGAAAACUCGUGGAGCCGCGCGGUUGCGGCGAAAUAAAGAAAACUGGCGGCGCAAAGUUUCUCAUUAAUGCCUGAAUGCGCAAGAUAUCGAAAAUCCCGAGUCCGAUCGAGCGCGCGCGCGUGUGAUUAUUGUUCGUUAAUCGCCGUCUGCAGGAGCUCGCGGGGCUUCCAGCGAAACUGUGGCCGAUAUUUUCCCCUGCGCGCGGUGUGUGUGUGCUGUCAGUCAGGCUGAGCGUGUUGUUGGUGGGCUGGGUUGGAGUGGGUCGGGGGGUGGUUGAGUGAGGAGGAGGAGGAGGAGGAGGGGAGGAGGAGGGGGGUGUAUUUAACUUGGGAGCACGCGGAGCGCUCCGCACAAACCCCACGCGCACUCCUCUGGAGCUCCAGUAGAGCGCGAGCCACCAUCACACACACACUCUCUCUCUCACUGUUACAACUCUGCACGGGACAGACAGACCGACACAACCAGCGCGAGGGGGCCAUGAGGGGACAGCCGACGCGAGAGAGGCGCGAGGCGCGCGCACAUGCACAAGUGCGCGGCAUGUGAAGGAGCGAGAGAGAGAUAGAGAGAGAGAGAGAGAGAGAGAGAGAGAGAGAGAGAGAGGAAGUCCAGACAGAAAACACCCGCGUGGAAUGAAGUGAAGGGGGAGAGCGCGCGCGCUCGAGAGAGAGGGGCACGUUCCCGUUACUGGAGGAGGGAGGAAUACUGAAUACUGCGCGCGCUCAUCUCGGGACAGCUUGGAGCCUGGAAAGAGACAGAGAGAGAGAGAGAGAGAGAGAGAGAGAGAGAGAGAGAGAGCGUAAAAAUAACAUUGGGACACUGAGUCUGUGUGACAUUUACCGGGACGCCCAGAGACAGCACGCGCGCAUCCGGGGUAAGAGAGAGCGCCAGAGAGAGCGGGAGAGUGAGUGAGAGAGAGAGAGAGAGCGGACGAAGGAGGGGAGGGGGGCGCGCGCGCGUCUCCUUCAUUCCAAUGUCGCGCGACGAGCCUCAGAGGAAGACUCUCCGUCGCCGCUGGUUGUGGUGCGCGCGCGAGCCGCGGAGUCUCACCCCCGCCACCGCGUCGCCAUGGUGACCGGCUGCUGCUGAAGAAGGGCGCGCGCGCGCGGGCGCGAGGAGCCGAAAAAGUUCGGCCGUUGUUUGAAAGAACAGUGUGGACCGUUUCUGCAUUGCUGCUGAUAAAGUCUGCGAGUUUCAGAGGUCUAAAAGUUCGGAAGCUCGUUCUGUUAGAGAAGCUGCUGCAACUGUUUUUGAACAAAGGUUAAAGCUAAAGAGAGGAAGAGGAGACCGAUCCGCUUCACAUCUCUGAUAUUAUCAUAUUUGCCAAUACUUUCAUUAUUUAUUUUUUAUCACCCGCGGAUUGCAUCACCUUUAUAUGUACAGAUAUAUAUAGGAGCGGAAGGAGGACCCAGGGACCCGGAUAAAGCGAGCCGCCCGGCUCCCGGUUGCGUGUCAUUGAAACCGCUCACACGCUCUAUUAAAAGGAUCGCCUUGCUCGUGCUGUCUCUCGGACUAUUUAUGCCGCAGUGAGCCGGACAGAACCCCCGCCUGCCCGGAGACACGCACCGAUCCAGCCAUGGGAUUCCCGCGCAGGAUCAUGGGAUUCCUGCUGCUGCUGCUGCUUGGCGCCGGCGAAGCGGGCAACCUGCGCCUGCGCCCGUCGCCCAGCGACCACCUGCCCGUCCCGGACCUGAAGGAGGACCCCGACCCGGAGUACGACCCGCGCGAGCAGGACUUGAAUGAGCGGACGCUGCGCAAGAAGCUGGGCAGCCACUUCGACCCCAGCUUUAUGUCCGUGGGCAUGCCGCUGCAGCUCAACGUCAGCGCACGGGCGCCCCCGUCGCCGCCCGGCGCGGUGCCCGCGGACUUCCGGAGACUGGACCUGACGGCCACGCCCUACGGCGCCCGCCUCACACUGGGCAAGAAGGCGCGCCGGAAGCUGGUGCAAUUCUUGUGGACGUACACGCACUGCCCCGUGCUGUACGGCUGGAAGGACCUGGGCGCGCGCUUCUGGCCGCGCUACAUCAAGGAGGGCACCUGCUUCAGUGAGCGCUCGUGCUCCCUGCCCGAGGGCAUGUUCUGCAAGCCCGUCAAAUCCGUCACCAAGACCUUCCUGCGCUGGUACUGCCAGGGCUUCCUGCGGCAGAAGUACUGCACCUGGAUCCCCGUGCAGUACCCCAUCAUCUCCGAGUGCAAGUGCUCCUGCUGAGCUGGGGGCACGUGCAUGCGCGGGGAUGAGCGCGAGAGAGACUGAGGAUGUGUGCGCGUGCGUGUGUGUGUGAAAGAAUGAGCGAAACCGAGCGCGCGCCUGUGUUCAGAGCGAGAGAAGUAAGCGAUGGGUGCGCGUGCGUGUGAGUGUGCGCGUGCCUGCCUCAAGAGCGAGAGAAGUAAACGAUGUUUUGCGCGUGCGUGUGUUGAGAGAGGAAUGGGAGAAUGUGUGCGCGUGAGAGAGGAGGAGAGCAUGUGUGCGCGUGCAUGCGUUAAAGAAGAGAGUAAGAGGAUGAGUGAGUGUGCGUGCGUGCGUGGAAAAAAAAGUGAGAGAAUGAGGUCAUGUGUGCUCGUGCGUCCAUCAGGAGACGGACUGAAGAGACUGAAGAGUACAACAAUAAUGAUGACGAUAGUAAUGAUAAU